UUGACUGCAAGGCUUUAAUUUGGAGCUAAAGUUGUUUAUAUUUAUUGUAUAUGCUAUAAUCGGUAAACAGCAGUUAGAUGAUGUCACUUCCGCUAAAUUACUUCCGGUUGGUCGACUUCGUUCGAAAGCAAGUCAUACAUGUUGCGGUCUUCUGUGGUUCUUUCUGUUGCCAUCCUACACAAAGCGGCGAAGAAGCAAUGCCUUUUUCACCAUCUUGUCUAUGAAGAAUUGUCAAAAGUAAAUGGUCAAGCUUACAACGACGUUCUCUUCAUUGACUCCGGUUUGGCUUGGUGUUGAGUGGCGUUUCUACACGUCUCACGAGAACACUAAAGUGAAAAAGGCACGUUCCGGCUGCCCUACGGUAUCAACAUGGCGACAAGUCACAGUGGAAGCAGCAAAACGUCAGUAUCCACAGCAAGCGCAGCUCUUGUUAGAGCUAAAGCAGAAGCCGCCAAAGUGCGAGCGUCAUACGCAAGCCAAGAAGCUAAGCUAAAAAUGGAAGAAGCUAAGCUAAAACUGGAAAAGGCCUCCAGAGACGCUCAUAAUCAAUUAGAAACAACGAGAAUAAGCACAGAAUUAGAAGUGCUUACAUUACAACGAGAAGCAGACGCAGCUGAGGCGGAAGCUCAAGUAUGGGAGUGGGCUACGGCAGCACAAUCCACAGGCGAUGACAGGAAAACUGAAUCUGAAAAGGCAAAAAUUGAACGCACCAGUGAAUACGUUCAAUCACAGAUCGACCUUCAACAGCUGUUGGCAUCACCAGCUGCCUUGUGUCCAGCAAUAAAUAAGCAACCGUGUCCGUUAACACAAUCUACCAUCAACACCUGGCAUCUGGAUGAAAAUACUCCAUAUAUGCAACCCAGUCCUAAUAAAAUAAACUUUAAGAGCGAUAAAGAAUCCCACUUUUCCACACCAAACUUAAAUAAGCCAGUUAAAGCUACAACAAACUUUGAAGAAAAAAGACAACCUGGCUCAAACAUACAUGCUCCGCCCUAUGUUCCCCGACAGUUUCCACAAGCCAGCAUGCCGUCUUCAGUUGAACCGUUGGCCCACUAUUUGGCAACACGAGAUCUCAUCACCUCAGGACUGUACUACUUCGCAGAUAAACCAGAAGAUUAUCGCGCGUGGGAGUCGUCAUUCACUACAGCGGUCAGCGGUGCUCACCUCACAACAACCCAAGAACUAGACCUCAUGACAAAGUGGCUUGGUAAGGAGUCUGGAGAACAUGUGAGACGCAUCCGCUCAAUGUAUGUAAACCAUCCAGAACUGGCUCUACACAAAGCAUGGGAGAGACUGCGUGACUGUUAUGCUGCUCCUGAAAUAAUUGAAAAAUCACUAUUUGAUCGGCUGGACAAUUUCCCCAAAAUUUCUAAUAAAGACAACGCUAAGCUACGUGAACUGGGAGAUUUGCUCAUGGAAAUUCAAGGUUUCAAGGAGGACGGCUAUGUCACCGGCUUGUCCUAUCUGGAUACGUCACGAGGAAUUAGGCCGAUUGUGGACAAGCUUCCUUAUAGCCUUCAGGAAAAAUGGACGUCUUCUGGGUUUUUGUACAAAGAACAUAAUAACAGUUGCUUCCCUCCCUUCCACUACUUCUGUGUUUUUGUGUGCAACGAGGCAAAGAAACGAAACGACCCCAGUUUCACCCACCAAUACAAUACAACUGCUAACCCUGACAAACACAUUGCAAAAAGUUUUAACCCCAACAGACCCAUCUCAGUGCACAAAACAGACAUUUUAACAACCAAUAGUGAACCCAAUGAAUGUUGUCCUCUACACAACAAACCACACCCCCUUAAGAGAUGCAGGACAUUCCGAAACAAAUCCCUGGAUGAUAGAAAGGCCUUUUUGAAGGAAAAAGGGAUGUGUUUUAAAUGUUGUUCCUCAGUUUCACAUCUCGCCAAACACUGCCAGUCUUCUGUGAGGUGUUAUGAAUGUGGAAGCACUCAUCACGAGGCAGCAAUGCAUCCUGGUCCAUCCCCUCAAAUGGCCAAGGCUCCUCCACAUCUGAAAGAGAAUGGCGGGGAGGGAGAAGAACAGUAUAACAUGCCUGAUGUUAGCACAAGCUGUACAGAUGUUUGCGGUCAAGGUCAGUGGGGGCGCUCAUGCUCAAAAAUAUGCCUUACUAAAAUGUACCAUAAAGACUUCAAGGACAAGGCCAUCAAAGCCUAUGUAAUUCUGGAUGACCAAAGUAAUCGAUCAUUGGCAAGACCAGAAUUGUUUAAAAUGUUCAAUGUGGACAGCAAACCAAUCCCCUAUCAUCUCAGAACUUGUUCUGGCCUUGUAGAAGCACACGGCAGGGAGGCUGAGGGUUUCCAGAUUGAGUCCCUAGACGGUAAAGUUCUCAUCUCACUUCCAACACUCCUCGAGUGUCAAGAGAUUCCAAAUAAUCGGAAUGAGAUCCCAACACUAACUGCAGUUUUGCAUCAACCCCAUCUCCAUCACAUUGCCAAACACAUCUCUGAAUUGGACCCAGAUGCCCAAAUACUCCUGCUCCUUGGAAGAGAUGUAAUCAGGGCACACAAGGUCAGACAGCAAGUAAAUGGACCACACAACGCUCCUUUUGCACAACGUCUGGAUUUAGGCUGGGUGGUGAUGGGAGAAGUGUGUUUAGGCAAUACACACAAACCAACAAUUAAUUCAAUGAAUACAAACGUAUGGGAAAAUGGACGUCAUUCCAUCUUUCAACCCUGCACCAGCGUCAUGUGUGUUAAGAAGCAACAAACCUUCAACCAGUCCUGCAAAUCACAAGAAAGAAUGCUGGGAUCAACAGUUUUCAACCAAACUGAUCAUGACAACAAACCCGCUCCAUCAAUGGAUGACCUCCUCUUUCUAAAGAUCAUGGACAUUCACACCUACAGAGAUGGAUCCAACAAUUGUGUCGCUCCACCUCCUCCAACUUUGGCUCAGAGGAUGGGCUUGGUGGCCCCGCCUGCGGGCAGUCCGAGUGAGGACCAGUGGACGCGGGUGAAGACCAGGUCACUCCAGCAGCGGGAGUCCGAGCAGCCUUGUUCAAUAUGCAGAGAGGCUUUCUGCCUUCAGCCUCAGGUGCUGCUGUCCUGCUCCCUCGUCUUCCACAAAGCAUGUCUGCAGGCCUUCGAGAGGUUCUCUGGGAGAAAGUGCUGCCCGAUGUGCAGGAGGGAGCAGUACGAAACGUGUGUGAUCCACGAUGCUGCGCGCCUCUUUCGCAACCAGUGUGCCACCAGAAUCCAGGCUUUCUGGCGAGGCUACAUUGUACGGAAGUGGUGCAGGAAUAUUCGGAGAAACGUCUGCCCAAAAGACAAACGCCUGCGCCGUAAAUUCUAUAAAGCAAAGGAUUGUAAAGUAAGCAGCAAGUUGGUGAUCAUCUCAGUGGCCCUUCAGGAUCACAUCAGAAGGAACCUUCUAGAGCCAGAGUUCUUGCUUUCUGACCCCCUGCUGAAGUACAGAAGCAAAACACCUUUAAGGCAGAGAGGGAAGCAAAAGGAUGUGCAGAGACCAGAACUUCCAGAGGAGCGAGAAUAUGUACUUGGUCCUCCUCCACCUCCACCUGGAGAAUUCACAGAGAAGGACCUUUACACCAAACAAUGGAAGCAAGUGCAAGCAUUUGCAAACCAGUUUUGGAGCCGAUGGAGAAGGAAGUACCUUCCUUCUUUGCAACAGAGACAGAAAUGGAAUAUGUCACAGCGAAAUCUUCAAGAAGAAGAUCUGGUUCUCCUCAAGGACAAGCAAGCUGCUCGUAACUACUGGCCUAUGGCCAUGGUCACCGCCACGUUCCCCAGGAUCGACAAUUUGGUCAGGAAGGUCGAAGUGAAGACUACAGACCAAGGAACCCCAAAAACAUUUCUGAGACCAGUAACAGAAGUUGUUUUACUCCUGCCCAAAGAUUAGAGUUGUUUGGUGAUCUUAGUGGCCUCACAUAGGCCAGGCGGGGAGUGUGUUGUCCUAAAGUCAAUUGUUAAUAUUCUUUACAUAAUUACUUGAUAAUAUUUUCCGUAUUAUUGACUGCAAGGCUUUAAUUUGGAGCUAAAGUUGUUUAUAUUUAUUGUAUAUGCUAUAAUCGGUAAACAGCAGUUAGAUGAUGUCACUUCCGCUAAAUUACUUCCGGUUGGUCGACUUCGUUCGAAAGCAAGUCAUACAUGUUGCGGUCUUCUGUGGUUCUUUCUGUUGCCAUCCUACACAAAGCGGCGAAGAAGCAAUGGCGUAAAUUGUCUUUAAUAAGUUAACAACAUGUCAGACACGUUAAAAAGUGUAAUAGUGCCGAUAUGUUAAAUAUAAUUGUCGAACUAGAUACAAUGUGUUCAAGUCAUUCAGACAGACGGGAGUCUCCCUCUGCUGGACAUUUUGGGACAUUAUAGUUACAUUUUCAUAUGUCAUUGUUGACAAAUAUGUACAGAGACAAUAAGUGUGUUUGUGUCUCUUUGUUCUUUUUAGUUUUUCACCAUCUUGUCUAUGAAGAAUUGUCAAAAGUAAAUGGUCAAGCUUACAAGGACGUUCUCUUCAUUGACUCCGG